CGAUGACUCAGGGCGGAGCUCCGCAUCCAGCCCGCUCGCCGCCAACUUCUCUGGAUAGGACCAGAAGUUUCUAGCCGGCCAGUUGCUACCUCCCUUUAUCUCCUUCCCGGUUGGCAGCGAGGAGGCCCUUUCCAGACACUUCCACCCCUCUCGGGCCACGUCACCCCCUCCUUUAAUUCAUAAAGGUGCCCGGCGCCGGCUCCCCGGACACGUCGGCGGCGCGCACCGCUCUCGAUCCGGCCGCGGCCAGCGAGCGACUCGGCGCCUGGAGGCCCGGCACCCCACGACUCGGCUCCCCGCGACCCGGCACCCCGGCGGCCGCCCCUCCGGGCAGACCCCGACCCAGCAUGAGCGCUGCCACCCACUCGCCCAUGGUGCAGAUGGCGUCCGGCAACGGCGCCGGUGACCCCCUGCCCCCCGGCUGGGAAAUCAAGAUCGAUCCGCAGACCGGCUGGCCCUUCUUCGUGGACCACAACAGCCGCACCACGACGUGGAACGACCCGCGCGUGCCACCCGAGGGCCCCAAGGAAGCACCGUCCUCUGCAAAUGGCCCUUCCCAGGAGGGCCCCAGGCUGCCCGCUCGGGAAGGCCACGCCGUGUACCCGCAGCUCCGACCAGGCUACAUUGCCAUUCCUGUCCUCCACGAAGGCACCGAGGGCCGGCAGCCACGCCCUUCCUUUGUCUGUCCCCAGCCAGGAACACAGCGAUUCCGAACCGAGGCGGCCACAGAGGCUCCUCAGAGGUCCCAGUCCCCUCUGCGGGGUGUGGCGGAAGCCACCCAGCCAGAUAGACAGUGUGGACAGGCGGCGGCAGCAGCUGCGGCGGCCCAGCCCCCAGGCUCCCACAGACCUGAGCAAUCCCAGUCUCCAGCUGCUUCGGACUGCUCGUCCUCGUCCUCCUCGGCCAGCCUGCCCUCCUCCUCCGGCAGGAGCAGCCUGGGCAGUCAUCAGCUCCCCCGGGGCUAUAUCCCCAUCCCUGUGAUACACGAGCAGAAUGUCACCCGGCCGGCGGCUCAGCCCUCCUUCCACCAAGCCCAGAAGACCCAUUACCCAGCUCAGCAGGGUGAAUACCAGACCUACCAGCCGAUGUACCCCCGGGUCCCAGGGGAUGACUGGGAGCCUCGGCCCAUGCGAGCAGCAUCCCCAUUCCGGUCCCCUGUCCGGGGUGCAUCCAGCCGGGAGGGCUCUCCGGCCAGGAGCAGCACGCCAGUGCACUCGCCGUCGCCCCACCGUGUGCACACCGUGGUCGACAGGCCUCAGCAGCCCAUGACUCAUCGAGAAUCUUCACCUGUUCCCCAACCUGAAAACAAACCUGAAAGCAAGCCAGGCCCAGUUGGACCAGAUCUCCUUCCUGGACACGUCCCGAUUCAGGUGAUCCGCAAGGAGGCAGACUCGGUACCUGCCACCCAGAAGCCCCCACCCGCCUCGGAGAGGGUGGAAGUCAAGGUUCCGGCGGCUCCGGUUCCUUGUCCUCCCAGCCCCACCCCGCCUGCUGUCCCCCAGCCCCCCAAGAAUGUGGCUGCCCAAGAUGGGGCAGCCCCCGGCCCUGCCCCCACAGAAGCCACACCUCCCAAACCAGCGGAAGCGGAGGCGCCCCCAAAACACCCGGGCGUGCUGAAGGUGGAGGCCAUCUUACAGAACGUGCAGGGGCUGGAGCAGGCCGUGGACAACUUCGAAGGCAAGAAGACGGACAAGAAGUACCUGAUGAUAGAAGAGUAUUUGACCAAAGAGCUGCUGGCGCUGGAUUCGGUAGACCCCGAAGGACGAGCUGACGUCCGUCAGGCCAGGAGAGAUGGUGUCAGGAAGGUUCAGACCAUCCUGGAGAAACUUGAACAGAAAGCAAUAGAUGUCCCGGGUCAAGUCCAGGUUUAUGAACUCCAGCCUAGUGCCCUUGAAACCGAUCAGCCACUGCAGGAGAUCAUGGAGAUGGGUGCCAUGGCCACAGACAAGAAUAAGAAAAGUGCCGGAAAUGGAGAAGAUCCACAGACAGAAAGCCAGCAGCCGGAAGCCAGAGAAGCAGCAGCUGCAAACCCAAGCAGCACUGACACCACAGACACAGCUGGAAACACAGCUGCCCCGUAGUCCCCGCCACACUCAGCAAACCCCAGCGCGGGAGCUGCUGGUGUGUGUUAAGGAAUUUUAAGUUGCAUGCAUUUCAGGGACUUUAAAUCAGUUUGUUUUUACUAUUCGUAGGCACUUGGUACACAGUAACUUGGGUGGAGGCCAAACACACUAAUUAAAGGGCUAAAAGGAAAAUGAUGCUUUUCUCCUGUAUUCUUAUUCUGUACAAAUGAAGAAGUUGCUUGUUUCAGAAGUUUAACCCCACUGCUUAUUGUUGGGGCCCUUUCUGUACAUGGGCAUCACGUGUCAGCCGUGGUUGUAAGCUGUCUUCGUGGGGCUCUGGACCGAAGGAGCUUUUUGGCUGGUGGGUGGGGUGUUGAUUUCCCAUUGCACAAAUAUGGAACCCAUUUUCCAGAAACAAUGCCCUUUUAAUGGGAUGACUCUCUUCAUCUCAGAGCUAAAAUAGCUAACUUCAAAUAGAAUAAAAUGUACAAGGAGCCCUAGGAAUAUCUAUAUGUUGGAUGACUUUAAUGUUACAUUUAAAAAAGGAAAAUAAAGUAAUAAUAUAACUCAA